AGGAGCAGGCAGGCCAGAGUCAUGGAGCGGCAGCUGGAGCUCGCUGCCCUCGGUCUGGCUGUCACAGGUUGGUUUUGUGCCAUUCUGACGCUCUGCCUGGCUCUUUGGACGGUGAGCGGCACCCUGGACGGCACCACUGCCACUCUGCCUGCCUACUGGGAUGGGGUGUGGUUGGAAUGGGAUCACUGGGACUUGGCUCACGACGGUAGCCUGCAUUGCUCCUUCUACCAGUCUCUCAUGUCUCUAUCUGGAAGUUUUCGAACUUGGAGAGCCCUCAUCAUGGCAGCAGUCGGAGCCGGGGCCUUUGCUGCGGUGAUUGGAGCAGCGGGGGCAGUGUGGUUACCUCAGCGUGGACAGGUCAAAGUCUUUUCUGGUAGUCUCUUUGUGUUGUCUGGGAUCCUGCUGCUGAUCCCCAUUGCCUGGACGUGCCAUCACACCAGUCAGCCACUGGAGGGCGUUGUGCUGCUGAGAAGAGACUGGGGACCUGCGUUGUACCUCGGCUGGAUCUCCUUUGCUCUGAUGCUGGUCGGUGGGGUGUAUCUCACCACCAGAUGCCCCACUUAUGAGAGGCAGGUGCAGCAGCCUGAAGCCCCAAACCAAGAGGACAUCGCUCACCACCCGCUGAGCUGGAUCAACAGGACUACGUUCACAAACAGCCAGUACGAGCGGAGGUCACAGCCUAUCUGAUCAGAAUGUGAUGUGCUAUUUAAGUGCGAGUGAUUAAACUGGAAAAUCAUGAACAUGUGAAAUGACUGUGGAUAGAUUUCAAGAACUUCUGGCUGCACUUGUCGAGUAACGAUGCACUGGCUUCAUUAAGAAUGAACAAUAGAAAGUAGAAGCACAGCGACGUGUCAUGUAAAUAGUUUCAUGAUAGAGAUAAGGGUAGGACUUUGAAUUUGCAUCUUGUUUUGCGUGUCUAUAGAAGCUUGCACACUGUAUAUACUGUAUCUUGUUCCCAAUUCAAUACUACUGCAAACUCAUACACUAGUUUGCUUUACAUGAUGCAAUUAUUGAAACUAAACUGACAUUGAGACAUUGUGUCUUCAGUGAGUAAAUACUGAUCUUAAAACUAAAAUACUGUAUCGCACAAAUACAUUGCCUUACAUUAGAGUAAUGCAAUUUCAUGUUUGUUUGUUGUUGAGUCGCAAAAAUGUUUACAACCGAGAUGAAUUCUUCUGCACAAAAAGGACACUGUGGAAUAAAGCAUUGCACAUGAUUCAGA